AUGUUAAAACAAUCGAUUGAUUUAAGUCAAGCCAAACUUUUGAACAAUAUAAACAACAAAAACACGAAUGUUAUUAAGAAAAAACGGAAAAACAAAAAUAAAUGUGUAUGUUGUUCGAGAAUAUUACGUCCUGACGAAUCUUUAGAAAAAAUCGUGGCAAAUGACAGAAUGAUAUUCUUAUCCUCGAUUCAUCCUCCCGUCAUUCUUGGCCACAAAAACUGUAUUCAAACUCCGAUCACUACACCCAAGCAUAAGGGAUUUUUGUUGGACUUGGAAAAAUAUGGAACAAAGUGGUCACCGGGUGCUGUAACUAAAUAUGUGGCCGUAUUGAUGGAGCAAACAAAAGCAGGAACUCUUGGACCAUUACCCGGUAGGAUAAGAAAUAAUAGGAGAAUACAAGUUUAG